UCUCGAGCACCGUCUUACCCCAGCUUGCUUCGACAUGUCCUACCAUGACCCGCUUGCGUGCAUCUCCUCUUUUGCUUAUAAGAACCCUGCUAACAUGGUAACCAACUCUCUUAGGCUGAGAAGCCCGUCACCUCCUCAUCCGUUUUCUCGAUGUUCGGCGGUGGUGAGAAGAAGGAGAAGAAGGAGGACGAGGACCGCGGCGACAACUCUGGCAGCGCCAAGGCCCAGCGUGAGGCCAAGGGUGACGAGGAUGUCGCUCCCGAGUCCGAGGAUGUCCACUUCGAGCCCGUCAUCAAGCUGACCGAGAAGGUCGAGACCAAGACCAACGAGGAGUCUGAGGAGCAGGUCUUCAAGAUGCGCGCCAAGCUUUUCAAGUUCAUCAAGGAGUCCAGCGAGUGGAAGGAGCGAGGCACUGGUGACGUCCGUCUGCUUAAGCACAAGGAGAACGGCAAGACCCGCCUGGUCAUGCGCCGUGACAAGACCCUCAAGGUCUGCGCCAACCACUACAUUGUCCCGGAGAUGAAGCUCUCCCCCAACGUCGGCUCCGACCGCAGCUGGGUGUGGAAUGCCGCCGCCGAUGUCAGCGAGGGCGAGCCCGAGGCCGUCACCCUGGCUAUCCGAUUCGGCAACUCCGACAACGCCAACGCCUUCAAGGAUGGUUUCAUCAAGGCCCAGCAGGAGAACGAGCAGAUCUUCGCCAAGGCUCAGGAGGCCGACAAGACUACCGAGGAGCCCGCUGCUGAGGGUGCUUCCGAGCCCGCUGCUUAAGCAAACUCUGGUUGUCACACCAUUUACGGGCCGGACCCCGAUCUCCCCCACACGUCACCACAACACGCCUUGGAUAUCGUCGUCGAUGGACGACGAUGGCGCCAUCUUCCUUGAACCCCCAAACCCCAUCCCCAUACACACGCACACAUCACCACCACCACUACACGCACACACUACACCACUGAUACGAAGCAGUUGAGGAAGACCCGCGGAA